GUGACACGUAACUAGGAAGGGAAGCAAGCCAUAUUGUUUGAGAUAUUUUUAUUUUGUAAAGAUCGGAUUAUGAUGGGACCUACCGAGCCUUUAGCAUCUGGCGUUAUUGCUUACAAUGGCGACUCAGAACGUGGAUGGAAUGACCCUCCAACUCUAUCUUUCAAUACCGUUACUGGCUCAAAGAAAGGACCAAAAAUAGACCUAAGAAAACGGGUGUCACACCAAGAAGCAUUAACAGGCCGUAAAAUAACAUCUCCACUAAGUCAAAACCCACAAAAUAUAAUGUAUAAUCAAGGAAAUAAUGUGGCUAACGGUUUAUCAAAUCUUACCCUCAACCAACAAUUAUCAUCCCAACAGCCAACUGCACCACCAUCAAUAUCACCAUGUCAUAGUAGACAUUCUAGUGGUACAUAUACCCCACCAUUAUUACCUGAUGCUAAAAGUUAUGGUAUGAUUCAAAGUCAAUAUCCCAUUCAAGGCUACAAUGUGGUUCCAGGUCUUCCCACAACCCCACCAACAACUAUAGCUCCACCCCAGAUUUUUUCACCAGUGGAAUCUAAGUUGGAAUCAAAUUCUGGUAUCAUCCACCCACUGGCACAAAAGUCUAGCACCACCCCACCCAUACAACCCACACCAAUGUCAGCAAUACCACCAGUAACAACAAUGUUACCAGCAUCAAAUCUUGGUAAACCACUAUUCUCUCCCAGUAGCUUUAAUAUGGUACCAAUUUCUAGUGCCUUAGAUACAACUCAUGUACGUGCAAACCCUGACAUUUCACCAGAAACUUCACCAGUUGCUUCAAAUGAUGCAAUAGUUUUGCAACAACCAUUGAUAUUCACACCAUCUCUGACUAGUGCAGACACUGCAGUACCACCACUCACAGGUACUGUAGUAAAAAGAAGUCCUGUACUUAAUCGGGCAUAUCCAAAUAGCAAUGGGACAAAGAUUUACACACCACCACCAAUGACUGGAAGUGGUAGAAAUUCUCCAGUGGUGUCUCCAGCUUUGGGCCCAAUAAAGAAUAUAUCACCAGUAUCAACACCAAUUUGUAGUCGUAGUGCACCCAGUAGUGCACCCAAUACACCAAGAAGUUUAACCCCUGAUGAUGGAUAUCGUUCUGAAAGUAUCAGUCGACAUAACAGUGAAGAUUUUGAUAGUCAGGCAGGAAUGAAAGCAACAGUUGAAGCUAUUGAAGAAAUCAUCAUCAAAUGUAGUAAUAUUUUAAAGGCUCGAGAAGUAGAAGAUGUGAAAAGAAAGGUGGAGAUAAUGAAACAACAAUGGAGUGAAGAAAAGUUGUCAGUGCCUGUUCAAAUAACUAUGAAAAUGUUGACUGAAGCACUGUUGUGUGGUGAUACUGAUACUUCACAUAAGCUUCAUGUCAAACUUAUGGUAGAUUAUGUUGGCGAGGUUAAACAAUGGAUGGUUGCAAUCAAAAGAUUAAUUUCAGCUGUGGGAAAUAUUAAUGCCACAAUUUCGUAGUGAAUAAGAUAGGUUAUAUCCCAACUACAGGGUGUGUAUAUACUAUAUAUCAUCCUGGGAUUAUUAUUAAUUAUAUAUAGUAAUAUUUAUUACCUAUAGAUUCAAUUAUAUAAUUAUUGAGAGGCUAAGGAGUAAGGUGGAAAUAUUUUAACAAAUUAGUAACAUCCCCUAUAUCAAUCGAGGUAAGCUAUAAUUAGAAAUAGGUGGAUGAAUAUAUUCUGAUGCGAAAUGUAAUAAUGAAAUUUGAAUAUCUAUUGAAGAUAGAUAUUCUUCAAAUUCAAAAUCUGGGAAUACUUGGUGCCAGAUGUAGAGAACCUUGAACUAAACUGCCUAUUUGUGCAGUUACAUGACUAGAUAAAAUUAUGACUGACAAUUUAAACUAAGUACCCGGUAUUUUUUUGGUACAUAUAUAACUGCUUUUGCAGUUUGCACCCGUAAAAAAUGACGAAGAACAACGGUUUGAAAUUGCAUUUUAUAAUGACUAGACGUAUGUGUGUUCAAGACGCGAUAGAGAAAUUCUUUUUAUACGUAAAUGUUUAGUCUAAUUUUUACUGAAAUUUAAUUUUGUAUUGGCAUGCUUCCAAAGAAAGUACUCGGUAAGCUUUUUGGCGAUAGAA